CGGGCGUGGAAGGCGCUCAAGUUGCGCGGCUCUCGGCGCGCUGUUGGGGGCUCUCUCCGCGGCGGGCAGCUCGCCAGGGACCGGCCUCCGCAGCCUUGGGGUGCGCGAAAGCUACACUUUCCCUUUGGCCCACCCCCUCCCUCGUUUCCUCCCGCGGAGUGGCAGCGGAGAUUUCCUCUCGGGGAAACUACGCGGAUCCUUCCCGGGGCUCCUCGCCCCGCCCCAGUUCUCCGCCCCCUCCCCUUUGCUGGGGAACCGGUGUUGGCCCGCGCCAGAGAGGAGGCUCUGGCAGCCUGAGCCGGGAGGUGGUGGCAGGGGGCCGGGGAGCCGCUGGCCACCAACUCACCCCGCCAUGUGACGCGGUCCUCCGCCCAGUAACCCCCCGCGCGCCCCGGGCCCGCGCCCGCGCUCCGCCGCGCCGCGCACCAUGCUCCUGCCGGGACCCGCGCGCCCGCCGCCCUCACCCCAGUCCGCGCAGCAUCCCGGCCUCCGCAGGCAGGUGGAGCCGCCGGGGCAGCUCCUUCGUCUCUUCUACUGCACUGUCCUGGUCUGCUCCAAAGAGAUCGCAGCGCUCACGGACUUCUCCGGUUACCUAACCAAACUCCUGCAAAACCACACCGCCUAUGCCUGUGAUGGGGACCAUUUGAAUCUACAGUGCCCUCGGCAUUCUACGAUAAGUGUCCAAUCGGCGUUUUAUGGGCAAGGUUACCGAGCAUGUAGUACCCAGCAGCCCGCCUCCCAGAGGGAAGACAGCUUAACCUGUGUGGCGUCCACCACAUUGCAGAAGGUGCUGGACGAAUGCCAGAACCAGCGGGCCUGCCACCUCCUGGUCAAUAGCCGUGUAUUUGGACCUGACCUUUGUCCAGGAAGCAGUAAAUACCUCCUGGUCUCCUUUAAAUGCCAACCUAAUGAAUUGAAAAACAAAACCGUGUGCGAGGGCCAAGAGCUGAAACUGCACUGCCAUGAGUCCAAGUUUCUCAACAUCUACUCCGCAGCGUACGGCAGGAGGACCCAAGAGAGGGACGUCUGCGCCUCGGAAGCAGAGCGGCUGCCCCAAUUCGACUGCUUGUCCUACUCAGCUUUGCAAGUAUUGUCCAGGAGGUGCUAUGGGAAGCAGAGAUGCAAAAUCCUUGUCAACAAUCACCAUUUUGGAAGUCCCUGUCUGCCAGGAGUGAAAAAAUACCUCACUGUCACCUACGCCUGUGUUCCCAAGAACAUACUCACAGCAAUUGACCCAGCUAUUGCUAAUCUGAAGCCUUCUCUGAAGCAGAACGAUGAUGAAUAUGGUAUAAACUUUGACCCAAGCGAAUCGAGGGUUCUGAGGAAAGAUGGGGUCAUCGUUAGCAACUCUCUGGCAGCGUUUGCUUACAUUAGAGCCCACCCUGAGAGAGCCGCCCUGCUGUUCGUGUCCAGUGUCUGCAUCGGUCUGGCACUCACGUUAUGCGCCUUGGUCAUCAGAGUGUCCUGCACCAAAGACUUUCGGGAGCUGCAGCUGGCAAGGGAGCGCCUGGUGCCAGGGAGUGACAAGGCCGAGGAGGGCAGCGAGGACGAAGAGGCAGAGGAGGACUCUUCUAGCUCUGAUUUUCCAGGGGAGCUGUCAGGGUUCCGUAGGACUUCAUAUCCUGUCUACAGUUCCAUAGAGGCUGCAGAGCUGGCAGAAAGGAUUGAGCGCAGGGAGCAAAUCAUCCAGGAAAUAUGGAUGAACAGUGGUUUGGACACUUCACUUCCUAGAAACAUGGGUCAGUUCUACUGAAAAUCAGAGGCAUCCUGAUGUGAUUACACUUUCUGAAGAGAAGAAGGAAGGAUCCCAAGUGGCCCUUGGUUCUGUUUCACUUGUACCUUCUAUGAAGGAGAAUUUUUCAUGUCAUCCAAUACUGGUGAAGCCAGAAAGCUAUUAAAGGGACGUUUCAAACUGUUUACAGCACAUUUCAAAAUAAAUUAGGAGGGAAGAAGAGUUUGUUUUCUAUAUUUAUUUAAAUUCAUGUCUAUCCAUUAACAUAAUUACAGUUCACACUUAUUGAGCACUUAUAAUGCCAGACACUGUCUGUUCUCACUGCUCUUCAUGUAUUUAAUCCUCACAACAUCCCCAUUUCAUACAUGAAGGGAUCUUCAAACAGAAGAUCCCUCUAUAUUCAUAAAAAUACACACACACACACACAGUCAGACAAUUAAGUUUGCAAACUUGCCACCAUGUAAGCGCACAGUGGAAAGGUAUAUGGGACAGCAGGCAUGAGUUUAUCACUAUAUGUUCACUGGUGAUGGAUUUAAAUCACGAACAUUAUUUGAUUCGAGCAAGGGUCGGCAAAAUUUUUCUUAAAGGGCAAGAUAAAUAUUGUAGGCUUUAUGGGGCAAUGCCAUGACUACUCAACUCUACCAUUGUAGCUCAAAAGCAGCCAUAGCUAAUAUAUAAUGAAUGAAUUGACUAUCUUCCAAUAAAACUUUAUUUAUUGA